AUGGAAUCUCGUGGCUGCAAGCAGAAGCUGAGAUAUAUGGCACAAAGCACGAAGCACGAGGGACAAACCCCUGCUCUCGCCAACAUGGUCAUUAUUACCCUCGGAUACAGUCUGCCUAUUCCAAUGCGACGUGUCAAGUUCGCCGUUGGAUCCAUUCUCGGCGAUGGUAGCCAUAUACUGAUCAGGGUUGGCCCGUACCUCUUGUAG